AUGAUGCCGGCCCUCCUGCUGACGGCAGCGGCAAACAUCCUCGAUGUCACCAUCAACAGCGACAACACUUGCGGCAACGGUUGGGUGUGCGAGCACCGCUGGAGGCAAACUCUUACAGCAUGGUUGCUUCAAGAACACCGUACCAGCGUGACCAACUGGUGGGAUAAUGGCAACCAACAGAUUGCUUUCGGCCGUGGUAAUGCUGGCUUCAUUGCCUUCAACGACCAAUACAACACCGACCUCAAGCAGACCCUUCAGACCGGACUCUCCCAGGGCACCUAUUGUGACGUAAUCUCUGGCUCGAAGAGCAACGGCGCCUGCAGCGGCAAGUCUGUCACGGUGAACGGCGACGGCACCGCCUACAUCGAGAUCCUGUCCUCCGAGGACGAUGGAGUGCUCGCCAUUCACUCGGGCUCCAAGUUACGAGGGCGGAACUGCGCGCAACCCCCUCUCUCUCGCUCUCCCUCCGCCGUCAUGCGCGCCCUCCUGCUGCUGCUGCCCGCCCUGGCGGCCGUCGCCGUCGCCCAGAAGGACCCCCACUGGGUGGACGGACGCAACACCAUCGUGCACCUCUUCGAGUGGAAGUUCUCUGACAUUGCCGCCGAGUGCGAGCGCUUCCUGGGCCCUCGUGGUUACGCCGGCGUGCAGACUUCUCCUGUCAACGAGUACCUGGCUCUCCCCAACAACAACCCCUCUCGUCCUUGGUGGGAGCGUUACCAGCCAAUCUCCUACCAGAUCAUCAGCCGCUCCGGCAAUGAGGCCGAAUUCGCCGACAUGGUGAGGCGCUGCAACAACGUUGGAGUCAGGAUUUACGUUGAUGUGGUCAUCAACCAUAUGGCUGCAAAUUGGCCCGACGCAACCGGCUAUGGCGGCAACAAGGCUGACACUUACAACAAGAACUACCCUGCUGUAUCCUACGGAUCUGGAAACUUCCACUCCACUUGUCAGAUUACCAACUACAAUGACGCCAAUAACGUGCGCAACUGUGAGCUCAGCGGCCUGCACGACCUCGACCAAUCCCAGAGCUACGUGCGAGAAAAGAUCAUCGACUUCCUGAACGCCUUGGUGGACCACGCUGGCACUGAGGCCGUCCACAACUACGAGUACACCAGCUUCGGCGUCGUCACCGAAUUCCGCUACGGCAAGGAGCUUAGCAACUGCUUCAAGGGCAACAACGCUAUCAAGUGGCUGGUCAACUGGGGACCUCAAUGGGGUCUGCUGCCCAGCAGUGAUGCUCUGGCUUUCAUUGAUAACCAUGACAACCAGCGAGGUCACGGCGGUGGCGGUGAUGUCCUCACCUACAAGACCCCGAAACUGUACAAGAUGGCGAUCGCUUUCAUGUUGUCGUGGCCCUAUGGCGUGACCCGUGUCAUGUCAAGCUUCACCUUCUCCAACAACGACGCUGGCCCCCCAGCCAACGGCGACGGAAGUAUCAAGGACGUCACCAUCAACAGCGACGGCACCUGCGGCAACGGCUGGGAGUGCGAGCAUCGCUGGAACGAGAUUUCCAACAUGGUCGCCUUCAGGAACACCGUCCAAGGCACCAGCGUCACCAACUGGUGGGACAACGACAGCCAACAGAUCGCUUACAGCCGCGGCAACCGGGGUUUCAUCGCUUUCAACGACCAGUACAACACUGACCUGAAGCAGACCCUUCAGACCGGCCUCUCCCAAGGCACCUACUGCGAUUUGGCCUCCGGCUCUAAGGUCAACGGCAGCUGCACGGGCAAGAGGGUGACCGUGAACGGCGACGGCACUGCCUACAUCGAGAUCCUGUCCUCUGGGACCGAUGGCUUCCUCGCCAUCUCCGCAGAUCAGAAGGACCCCCACUGGGUGGAGGGCCGCAACACCAUCGUCCAGAUGUUCGAGUGGAAGUUCUCCGACAUCGCGGCGGAAUGCGAGCGCUUCCUGGCGCCCGCCGGCUACGCCGGGGUUCAGACUUCUCCGGUAAACGAGUGCCCUGACAUGAAAAAUAACAACCCCUCCCGCCCUUGGUGGGAACGUUACCAGCCCAUGUCUUACAAGAUCGUCGGUCGCUCAGGCACUGAGCAGGAGUUCGCCGACAUGGUGAGGCGCUGCAACAACGUCGGUGUCAGAAUUUAUAUCGAUGUCGUCUUCAAUCACAUGACUGGGAACGUGCAAAAUCCCAUCGGUUAUGGUGGCGACACAGCAGAUCCGCAGAACAAGUACUAUCCUGCAGUCCGCAAUUGCGAGCUUUCUGGACUUCAUGAUCUCGACCAAUCUCAACCUUACGUCCGUGAGAAAAUUAUUGAAUUUUUGAAUUCCUUGGUUAGCCAUGGCGUCGCUGGUUUCCGUGUCGACGCCGCCAAACACAUGUGGCCGGCGGAUCUGGAGUACAUUUAUUCCCAGGUGGAUGACCUCAGCACCGAAUUUUUCCCCAGCAAUUCCAGACCCUUCGUCUAUCAAGAAGUCAUUGACCAUGGCGGUGAGCCAAUUCAUUCCUAUGAUUACACAAGCUUUGGUGUCUCCACGGAGUUUAAAUACGGCUCAAUGCUUAGUGACUGUUUCAAGGGCAAUAACGACAUUCAUUGGUUGAAGAACUGGGGAACUGGUUGGGGCCUGCUGGAUAGUAGCAGCGCGCUUGCAUUUAUUGACAACCACGACACCCAACGAGAUGGAGAUGUCUUGACCUACAAAACCCCUAAGCUUUACAAGAUGGCAGUCGCUUUCAUGUUGUCUUGGCCUUACGGUAUCACCCGCAUAACCUCCAGUUACGCCUUCACCGACAGAGAUGUCGGUCCUCCUGCUGACAGUGAUGGAAACAUCCUUGAUGUCACCAUCAACAGCGACAGCACUUGCGGCAACGGCACCGCCGUGGAGAAUUGGUGGGAUAACGGUAAACAACAGAUCGCCUUCUCCCGUGGCAAUUCUGGCUUCAUGGCUUUUAACGACCAGUACAACACUGACUUUAAGGAGACUCUCCAGACUGGCCUCCCUCAGGGCGUCUACUGCGAUCUGGCGUCGGGGUCUCUGUCCAACGGUAGUUGCAGUGGCAAAUCCGUCACAGUGAACAGCGACGGCACCGCGUACGUAGAGAUCCUCGACUCCGAGCAAGACGGAUUCUUGGCCAUCUCCAGCGCCGAGCACAAAGUUCGAAAAAAUUUGAAACUGUCAGAAUUGGGACCUAUGAUGAUUUGA